AUGAGUAGUAUUGGUAAUAAAAUUAAAUCUAAAAAAUUUAAAGAUCGUUUAAGUGGAUAUGAUGAAAUGUUAACAUUAUUUAAUAAUAUAAAGGAUCCAAAUUCAAGUGAAUUUGCAAAGUAUUCAUCAUCGUUUGAAAAGAUAUUAUUAAUUGAUCCACAACCAGCCAAUAAAGAGAAAGCAUUACAAGUCCUAUAUGCAUUCUUAGAUAAAGCAUCUUUUGUACAUUUACCAUCAACACCAUUAUCCUUCUAUUCUGAUUUAAUUACAUCAAUCGUUGACAACUGUUUCAAUUCACGUGAUUCCAUAAAAUUAAAAUCAAUUGAUUGUUUAUUAUUAUUAGUUGAAAUUAUUGGUCCAUAUAUUGUAAUUCAAUAUAUUUGUGAAAUAUUAUCAAAUAGUAAUAGUAAUAAUAAAGCACCAAAGAUUAUAAUAUCAUGUAUAUAUACAUUAAAAGAGAUUGUUAAACAAUUUGGUGUUUCAGCUAAUGUACCAGUUGAUUUGAUAUUAAAAGAUUUAUUAGGAUUUUUUGAACAUCAAUCAAAGGAUGUUAGAGUUGAAGCAUUGAAUUUAUCAGUUCAACUUUAUAUUUGGUUAGGUGAUCAAAUUACUCAACAUUUAAAAUCACUAAGACCAACUCAAUAUAAAGAUUUUGAACAAGCAAUUUCAAAUUUAAAAAAUUCAAAAUCUUCAAUACCACAAUCACCAUCUCUAAGAAAUUUUAGAUCAACUGCAAAUUUAAAACAAACUAAACAACAACAACAACAACAACAACAACAACAACAACAACAACAACAACAACAACAACAACAACAACAACAACAACAAUCAAUUGCAACUUCUACUCAAACUCCAAAUUCUUUAUCAUCUUCAAUUCCAAUUAUUAAUACUAAUAAUAGUACUAAUAAUAAUAAUAAUAAUAAUAAUAAUAAUAAUAAUAAUAAUAAUAAUAAUAAUAAUAAUAAUAACAGCACUAAUAAUAAUAGUGGUAGUGUUGGUGCACAAAGUAAUAAUAAUAAUACAGUAGCAACAACACCACAAUCAUCAUCACCAACAUUAUCAACAGCAACUAGCGGUAGUUUAGGAAGUAAUUAUUCAACAUCACCAUCACUCGAUACGAAUCCAGAUGAAAUUCAUUGUAAACUUUAUGAAUUUUAUAAACUUUCUGAAGAUCCGUCUUGGUCAAUUAGAAAACAAGGUAUUGCUGAUGUUUUCAUCCCUUUAAUAUCUCAUGAGAAAAUUACUCAAUUAUCUGAUCAAGAUUAUUCAAAAAUUUCUUAUACAAUGGCAAAGUUACUUGGUGACUCAAAUAUAUUUGUAAUUUUAACAACAAUUAAUGCAACGGAAUUAUUAGUAAAGAAAUUAUCAAGAGAUUUAUUUUUUAAUCAUAUUAUAUCAUUGGUACCAAUAAUGUUGGAUAGUUUUAAAGAAAAGAGACCAUUACUAUGUGAUAGUAUUCAUGCAUGUUUAAAUACUAUAAUGGAUAGACAAUUAAAAAUUAAUGAAGUUUUAGAUUUCAUAAUUGAACUAUUAUUAAAUAGUAAAGUUUCAAAAUUAAAAUAUGAAGUAAUGUUAUGGUUUAGAAGAUUAGUUAUGGCUUCACCUUUAUCUUGUUUUAAAAAUGAUGUUUCAAUAAUGGUUAAUGCUUUAUCAUUAAAUGUAGAUGAUCCAGUUAAAGAGAAUAGAGAUAUUGCAAUUUUAACAAUUAGUACAAUUGGAUAUAUUGUUGGUGAGAAAGAAGUAUUACCAUUAUUAUUACAUUUAGAUGAAUUGAAAAUAAAUCAAAUUAAAGAGAUUAUGAAAGAAACUGCUCAAUCAGGUUGGUCAAAAGGUAAAAAGUCUGAUCAAAUUGUAAAUAAUAAUAAUAAUAAUAGUAGUAGUAGUAGUAGUAGUAGUAAUAAUAAUAAUAAUAGUAAUAGUAAUAAUAAUAAUAUUGGAAAUUCAAGUAAUAAUACAAAUAUUGCCAAUCCAUCACCAACAUCAGGUAGUAUAUCAACACCAACAUCAAAACUUAAAACAAUGAUGACCAAUAUUUCAAAUUCUCCAUCAUCAUCACCAUAUUUAGAUAAUAAACAAUUAAAUAGUAAUUCAAAACCAAAACUUGUAUUUAAGAUUGAACCUGAUUUACAACCAAUUUCACAAUCACCUCCACCAUCAACCUCACCACCACCACUACCACCACCUGAACAACAACAACCAACAACAACAUCGCCAAUUCCAAUCAAUACAAUUUUAACCACCAUAACAUCAUCCGAACAACAACAACAACAAUCAUCAUCCAUUGAAAAUGAUGAAAUUAAUGUAAAUAGUAUCCCGAACAUCAACAACAACAACAACAACAAUAAUAAUAAUAAUAAUAAUAAUAAUAAUAAUAAUAAUAAUAAUAAUAAUAAUAAUAAUAAUAAUAAUAAUAAUAAUAAUAAUAAUAAUAAUAAUAAUAAUAAUAAUGUUUUUAAAGAAAUUGAAGAUAUUAAAAAUUUAUUAAAUUCAAAAUUAAGUAAUUUAAUGGAUUAUACAAAAGAAUUAGAAUUUAAAAAUCAACAAUUAGAGAAUAAUAAUAAUAAUACAAAUAAUACAAACAAUAAUAAUAAUAAAAAUAAUAAUGGUUUAAUUGAUGAUCAUGAUUAUAGAUUUUAUGAAAAUUUAAAUAUUGAAUUAUCAAAAGAAUUACAAAAUGAAAAAGAAAAGAAACAAUUAUUAUUAGAGAAAAUGAAAGAUUAUGAUAAACAAAUCAAUGAUUUAAUAUCAACUUUUAGAUUACUGUCACAUGAAAAUAAAGAAUUGAAACAACAAAUUUGUUUACAAGAUCGUGAUAUUCAAUUAUUGAAUGAAAUGAUGAAAAAAGAUGAAAUCAUAAAGACAACUCUAUUACAAGAGAUUGGAAAACUUAAAGAAAGUGCAAAUUUAAAUUUAACAACUAGUAGUUUAAAUUCAACAAAUACUACAAAUAUGAAUAUUAUGGCUUUCUCAAAUGAUCCUUCAAGAUAUUUAGUUGAAUUACCACCAACUGUCAUUAGUCAAUUACCUGAAGAGGAAUUAGAAUUAUUUGAAGAAUUAUAUCAAGAGAAUUUACGUGUAAUUCAACAACAACAACAAAGAAUUCGUGAAUCAAAAGGAAUUCAAUAA